UUUUGUUGUUCCUUUCUGCUCGCUAUUUUAUUAUGUAGAUGUAGUGAAAUCAAACAAAAACUUAAUUUAUUCCCGUUAUUCUUGCCGUAGUUCUCGUAAUUCUGAAUGAAAAGUGUACAUUUUGUCUGACGACCUUGAAAUCAUGCUGCCAGGCAUAGGAAUGUUUGGUACUGGUGAAAUCACCAAAGUACUGGUUCCGAUUCUCCGUGAUAAAGGAUUCUGCAUUGCUGCUAUCUGGGGACGUACGUUGAAAGAAGCAGAGGAAGCUGCUCUAGAGCUUCAGAUUCCCUUCUAUACUGGUAAAGUGGACGAUGUCCUGCUGCGCAAGGAUGUUGAUCUGGUAUUCAUCACUUGUCCCCCUUACUUGCAUUCGCAAAUCUCGGUGAAAGCACUUGGAAUCGGUAAACACGUCGUCUGUGAUAAACCGAUGAGUUUGUUCCAAGCGGAUGCAUUGAAGAUGGUCCGCGCCUGCCAGUAUUAUCCAUCGCUGAUUUCCAUUGUGAAUCAUUCUUUGCGAUUCUUGCCAGCCAUAGGGCACAUGAAGAAAGCUAUCCAGGAGGGCUAUCUUGGUCCUCCGGAACAACUGUCGUUAAUUGAUGUUAAGGUUAGAAUGUGUUCUCUUUUCCACAACAAAUUUGACUGGUUGUGUGAUGAAACGAUGGGUGGAGGCGCUUUGAAUCUGGUCGGCAGCCAUGUGAUUGACCUGGUUAAAUUUCUAACAGAGCGGAAGGCAGUAAAAGUGCAUGGAGCGGUUCGAACAUACGUCAAACACAUAGGCCAGAUUAAUGGGAUUCGACAGAUCACAGCACCAGAUUUUUGCACUUUCCAGAUGGAGUUAGAAAACGGUACACUAGUGACAGUCAAUAUUAAUUGUCACAUUUCGAACAAUGCCUUCCAGCAGGAGGUAGCUGUCUACGGUGGCGAAGGUCAUCUCACGGUUCGCGGAGGUGAUCUGGUAGGACAUAGAGCUGGGGGAGAACCCGUAACCAUCAAGGAAGAAAUGUUGUACGUUGAUGUGCAGGAUUUACAGUUCGCAACAUCGGAAACUACAUUGCCUCGACCGUACGUAAAGGGACUUUGUAAAAUGGUCGGUGCCCUGCGGGACGCUUUUCAUCCUACCAAAGAAGCAACAGGAUGGAUAAAGGAACCAGUUCAGGCUGCUGCCACAUUCGAGGAUGGCCUCUAUGUACAGGCGGUACUGGACGCCAUCCGAAAGUCCAGCGAGGAGCGUUGUUGGGCCAAGGUACAAAUCUGCACGGAAUCACCUACCAAUCAAAAAUUCUUAUCAGCGGCUAGAAUGACAUCUGCUUCUGCCCUGCAUUGAAAGUGGGCAUCUUAAGAGCAAGAGGGGUGUUCUACGUUUCGUACCUUUAUACUUUUUUUGAGACUUGCUAAUGUAAUGCAUUUUAGACGCUUGUUUUUACGUUUAUAACACUGUUGCUUGUUUUUGUGCUGCGAUUAAACUUUUACACGUGCUUGCUUCUACCGAUUAUAUUUUAUUACACAAUUACGUAUUUAUAUUGCUGAAAUAUAUUGAACAAUAUUUAAUAGCA